AUGACGAGUGACGACCAGCAAUUCCUGGACCUGCUUGCGUCCAUCCCACAGGAUAUGGCCCACUAUGGUAGUCGCAUAGCAGACUACGUCGACAAGCACGCAAAUGCCCUUGCCAACGACAUCCGCGACGCCAUUGACCGAGCAAGCUGGAUUCCCGACUCUCUUCGACCUCCGCGCCACCCGGGCGGAGGGCAAGGUCCAUUUUCUGCUCGCCCACCUCCCCCACCUCGCGGUAUCCUCCAGAAGACCACAGCUUGGGUUUCCAGGAACCGGACCGCAAUUGCCAUAGUGGUGGCGUUCGCCGGCACCACCCUAUACCUCAUCCAUCGCAGGAAGAAAGCACAUGCGAGAAAGAGACGAGCGAAGAAACUGCCCAACGGCGCGAAAAAGGAGAUUGUCAUCAUCGCUGGCUCGACCUUCCACGACGCACUUACACGCUCAUUGGCGCUUGACCUUGAACGGAGAGGUUAUGUCGUUUAUAUCACCGUCUCUUCCACCGAGGAAGAUUCUCUUGUGCAACAGGAAGCGAAGGCUGACCUGCGCCCACUCUGGAUUGAUUUAACUUCCACCGUCCCGAACCCUGCGAUCGACGUGCAUCCGAAUCUGGAAUCCAUCCGUGACCUCCUGACAAAGUCAUCUCGGUCCUCAUCACCCAGCAGGAGCUCGCACCGCUCAGGUUCCUCGAUGGGGAACAUGACGUUGGCUGGCCUCAUCGUCUUCCCCGGUAGCUCAGGCUAUAGCGAAGGACCACUAGCAUUGCUCCCUCCAUCCGACAUAGUAGAUACGAUCAACACCCGCCUUGUCUCACCUCUCUUGACAGUCCAACAAUUCCUCCCUCUACUGGCGAACCACAGCCCUGAUCCGAAAUCGCCUUCGUCCAUCAUCAUUGCAUACCCGUCGAUCCCGCAUAGUCUUUCCCCACCACGUCAAAUCCCAGAAUGUCUAGUUACGUCGUCCCUCUCAGCGCUUGCAGCCUCGCUACGGCGAGAGAUCACUGCAGCAAACGCAAACAUCACUGUCUCGGAACUUAAAUUGGGAAAUUUUGAUAUGGGCUCUGUCACCUCCUGGUCAAGGACGACUCCAACACAAUCGACCCUCCACGCUGGUCCGUCGUCAGCGCUUACGCAUAACAGCUCUCACUGGCACUCGUCGCAACGUGCCGCUCAUCAACGCAAGUCACUGGGCCAGAGAAGUUUCAUCCGAGGCUCCUCGGCCAGAGAGUUUCACAACGCAGUCUUCGAUGCUCUUGCUCCGCCACAGACAUAUAGACCAUUUGGGUUCAGCUCCUUAGAAUUCACUUCAAAUACAAGACCAAACGUCAUUUUCGUCGGCAGUGGUGCGAAGAUUUACGAUUAUGUAGGCAAGUUGAUGCCUGGUGGCCUGGUGGGGUUGAUGAUGGGAUGGAAUCGAAGGAAGACAGCUUCGCGGUCUGCGGAUGAAAUGCACAAGUCGGUACGAUAUGAUGCAAGUGGCAGCGCGAGUGCCAGUGGAGUCGAGACUCCUGCUGGUGGUGGUAGCUCGUCCUUAGCAGGACAUCCACUUUCAGUGUCAGCCUCCCCUUCCGCUUCAGCCUCGGGAUGGGGCUUUCAGUCGUUGGGCAGCGAGAGCGGCAUUUGGGAGAAAGUAUGA